AAUUUAAGAUUUAGUUAUUGUUGUUCUUGUCUUCGUUAUUAUUAAGAUUUUAUUGUUUCUGGAAACAAAUUUUAGUUGUUGAUUUGGUUCAUCUUUCUUAAUCAGCUCCUGGACAUACUUUCCGAGUUUACAGAAAGGAAACAACUCUUAUUAGCAGCAAUAACAAGAAAAAGGAGAGAGCGUGAAAGUGUUAAUAAUGAUAGUGUCCUUCAUCACGAGGAAUACCUAAAAGCAACUACUUUUCUCUUAUUUCUUCUUCUUCUGAGUUCUGGGGCUGAGAGAAAAAAACAGGAAUCUGAGCUGCCAAUGCCCAUUACUCUUGUUCUAUUUCAAAGGAAAAUAUGGUCGAUGAUCUCAACAACAAUAAGGAUGAUAACCUCAUUGUAAAGGUUCCAAAGAAAUCUCCAUUAGUCGUGCGGAUGGUUGUAUUAGCAUUUGCCAUGGUCUGUGGGGUUUAUAUUUGUUCAAUCUGUCUCAAACAGAUUAGCACUAGCACCAAGGUCAAAUUUACAAACCUAGAGUUCCUUGAACCUUCUUUCCCUAAGUUAAAACAUGAGAUUCCCAAAUUGCAUUACCCGAAACCGGAAACAUUUAGCAGAGCUGAAUGUGCAUGCAAUCCUGUUCGAGACUUUGCAAUUUUAUCAAUGCAGAGGUCAGGAAGUGGAUGGUUUGAGACAUUAUUAAAUAGCCAUAUUAAUGUCAGCUCAUAUGGGGAGAUUUUCUCUAAUAAAGAUAGAAGGAGUAAUAUCACAUCAAUCGUAAAGACACUGGAUACAAUUUAUAACUUGGACUGGUUCAAUAGUGCGUCCAAGAAUGAGUGCUCAGCUGCAGUUGGUUUAAAAUGGAUGCUUAAUCAGGGGUUGAUGGCAAAUCACAAGGAAAUAGUGGAUUACUUUAACCAGAAUGGUGUUUCUGCUAUAUUCCUUUUCCGAAGAAAUCUUUUGCGUCGGAUGAUCUCAGUGCUUGCCAAUUCUUACGAUCGAGAUGCUAAGUUACUAAAUGGGACCCACAAGUCUCACACACAUUCACCCCAUGAGGCUGAGAUACUAGCAAAAUACAAGCCUACAAUAAAUGCUACAUUACUGAUACCAACUUUGAAAAAAGAAGAGGACACAACUAGAAAAGCUUUAGAAUACUUCAACAACACUCGCCAUAUCAUUGUUUACUACGAGGAUCUCGUACAAAAUCGCACUAAACUGAUGGAUGUGCUAAGAUUUUUGAGGUUACCCCAGAGGGAAUUGAAGAGUCGUCAAGUUAAAAUCCACAAAGGGUCAUUAGCAGAGCAAGUAGCAAACUGGGAUGAUGUCCACAACUUCCUCAAAGGAACGCCAUAUGAAAACUUUAUCCAUUCAGAUUAUGCAAUGCAGUAACAGUUGGCACAUCCGUUAAGCACUCCAGAUGAUUGAUGUAGAUAACGUAUUAACAUGUUCCUUCCAGUUUUGGCAUUGAUAUACAGGUGCGAAUUUUUACCCUUUCUUUUUUCUUCUCACUCACCGACAACAGCAUUAUACAAUGUAAGGUCCUGUUAAUUGUUAACAAUUACGAACAACUACUUGAGUUAUCAAUGGAAGAGCGAGAAUUGAUGUUGUAACUCCGCCUUAAAAUUGUUAUUUUGUUAAAUGUUGGAACUCUGUGCAAAAGAAAUUUUUGAAGAGCCAAUACUUCCCAUUGCCAGAAAAGUGGAAUCAGGUUGGUUUGAGAUUCAGAUAAUAAUCAUUUAUACAUACUCUUAAUUUUCCUCUUGA